CAAUUUUUUCGUAACAUGAUCGUCAUUGCGUUAUCAUUGUUAUCAGAGUAUCUUAUAUUUACAUAACGAUAAACGCGGAAUGUUUAAACAUAAAGAACAAAGAUAGGAGCGUUUCAAUGUAACAAUACGUACUAACAAUGGAUUCGGAUUUUAAAUAUACAGCUUUAGUAACUGGUUUCGGUCCAUUUGACAAUCACAUCGUUAAUGCCAGCUGGGAAGCUGUGAAAGAGUUAAAUAAAUUAGCCGCUAAUUCGAAAGAAUUGAAGGAUGUCAAGCUAAUUGUCCAAGAGAUUCCAGUUUCGUAUGAGGAUGUCGAUAAUUAUAUACCUACACUCUGGGAGGAAUACAAACCCACGGUAGUUCUACAUGUAGGUGUAUCACACAAAGCAGACUGCUUAACGAUAGAGUGUUGCGCGAAUAGCAAUGGUUACGUACGAAAGGACAUUUAUGAUAAAUGUCCAGAUGAAAGUACAAUUUCAUACCAGAUUCUAAAAACUGGUAUCAAUGUCGAUACAAUCUGUGAUAAAGUCAAUAAACAUUCAAACAAAACAAAGUGCAAUGCCUGCAUUUCAUAUGAUGCAGGCAGAUAUCUAUGCGAAUAUAUAUUUUACAAAUCUUUACAAAUAAAUUCUACCAAAACAUUAUUUGUUCACGUUCCUGAUUUUCAUAAAUACUCAAGUCUUCAAACUGCAAAAGGCUUGCACCACAUUUUAUGUUAUAUGAUUCAAUGCUCGAGGGAUACAUAAUUAAGAAGAAUUGCAGGAUAAUUUUGACAGUUUUUCAAAUGUAUUUUUAAUAAAAAUUGGCCACAUUGUAAAACAUUAAAAUUGCUAUUAAUGUAAAAAUUAUUACUAUUCUGGUAAAUAUAAUAAUGUAU